UAACGGAAGACAGCACAGUGAAGAGUGAAGAGUAAAAACGCAAAGAAAAUAGUGAGGGCGGAGGGGCACUUUAUCUGAAAGCGAAAACCCUAGGGUCAACCGUAACGCCACAAUCGCUCUCGCGCGUUUCGCUCGCCUUCGACAUCUUUGCAGCGGGAUCAGGUGCUCCUCGUUCGCGAUGGCGGGAAGUGAGGCCAAAAAACCUGUCGCCAAGCAAUCCGGCGGGAAGAAGAAGGAGGUGAAGAAGGAGACUGGCUUAGGUCUCACGCAUCGGAAGGCGGAGAACUUCGGAGAGUGGUAUUCUGAGGUUGUUGUUAAUGCGGAAAUGAUUGAGUACUAUGAUAUAUCUGGUUGCUAUAUUCUGAGGCCUUGGUCAAUGGCAAUAUGGGAGAUAAUGCAAGAGUUUUUCGACCCAGAAAUAAAGAAAAUGAAAAUCAAGAACUGCUACUUCCCUUUGUUUGUGUCUCCUGGAGUUUUGCAAAAGGAGAAGGACCACGUUGAGGGAUUUGCUCCUGAGGUUGCUUGGGUGACAAAAUCUGGGGAAUCUGAAUUAGAAAUUCCUAUUGCUAUUCGUCCAACUAGUGAAACUGUCAUGUAUCCCUACUACUCCAAGUGGAUAAGGGGACAUCGUGAUUUGCCACUGAAGCUUAAUCAGUGGUGCAAUGUUGUUAGAUGGGAGUUCAGCAAUCCCACACCAUUCAUCAGGAGCCGCGAGUUUCUUUGGCAAGAAGGGCACACUGCUUUUGCAACAAAGGAAGAAGCAGAUGCAGAGGUUCUUGAUAUUCUGGAAUUAUAUAGGCGUAUAUAUGAAGAGUAUUUGGCUGUUCCAGUCAUUAAGGGUAAGAAAAGUGAGAUGGAGAAGUUUGCUGGUGGACUUUACACUACAAGUGUUGAGGCAUUUAUUCCCAACACCGGUCGUGGUAUACAAGGUGCAACUUCUCAUUGUCUGGGCCAAAAUUUUGCUAAAAUGUUUGAGAUAAACUUUGAAAAUGAUAAGGGAGAGAAAGCAAUGGUGUGGCAGAACUCAUGGGCCUAUAGUACUCGAACUAUUGGGGUCAUGGUGAUGGUUCAUGGUGAUGACAAGGGUUUGGUACUGCCUCCUAAAGUAGCAUCAGUACAAGUCAUUGUGAUUCCUGUGCCUUACAAAGAUGCUGAUACUCAAGGAAUCUUUGAUGCUGUUUCUGCAACUGUGAAUACAUUGUCUGAAGCAGGUAUUCGUGCCGAUUCAGAUUUUAGAGAUAAUUAUUCUCCUGGAUGGAAGUAUUCUCACUGGGAAAUGAAAGGCGUUCCUCUGAGAAUUGAAAUUGGUCCAAAGGAUUUAGCAAAUAAGCAGGUUCGUGCUGUUCGACGUGAUAAUGGAGCAAAGAUAGACAUUGCUAGUGCGGAGUUGGUUGUGGAAAUAAAAAAGUUGCUCGGUGAUAUUCAACAAAACUUGUUUGAUGUUGCAAAACAAAAACGAGAUGAAUGCAUUCAGGUCAUACACACCUGGGAUGAAUUUGUGCAAGCUUUGAACCAAAGAAAAAUGAUCUUAGCUCCUUGGUGUGAUGAAGAGGAGGUGGAGGCUGAUGUCAAAGCAAGGACAAAGGGUGAGAUGGGAGCAGCUAAGACCCUUUGCAGCCCCUUUGAUCAGCCAGAACUCCUGGAAGGCACCAAGUGCUUUGCGUCAGGAAAGCCUGCAACAAAGUGGACAUACUGGGGCAGAAGUUACUAGACUACUAGCUGUUGAUUGUGGUAGUUUUUGAGUUAGUUUGGUAUUUAAUGGUGCCUUGUACGAAUUUGUGGACCACACAGAUUAAUUUUUUCUUUUCUUGGGUAUCUUUUUCAACUGAUAAUUUUACUUUUAUUUUUAUAUGGGUACAAUAUUUAUUUUGGUUUAGAAGAUGAGUAUUACAUUUGUUGCCGUCCAAGUUUUGUUGAGAGCAUACUGGACUCUUGGUUGGGAUGAUCCAAUUAUUUAGCAUAAAAUUACCCUCAAUUAAACAUGACAUCAUUUACUUCA